AUGGUUUCUAUUACUACCGUCAUUUCUGCGCUUUGCCUCGCCAUCACCACUUCCGCUGCUCCCACCGAACCAGAGACUCGAGCAGCUGCCCUCUUCACCGGCUCCAUGACCUACUACGAAGUUGGCCUCGGCGCCUGUGGACAAACCAACAGCGACUCCGAGCUCGUCGUCGCCGUGUCUCACUCCCUUUAUGACCGCGAGCACCCCUGCGGCCGCAACAUCCGCAUCCACUACGAGGGCAGGUCUGUGGACGUCAAGGUUGUCGACCGCUGCACCGGCUGUGCUGAAGAUGACCUUGACCUCUCUCCUACGGCCUUCCAACAAGUUAUUGGACCACUCAGCAUUGGCCGCGCCACUGCCACCUGGGAGUGGAUUUGA